CUAACUCUAUUUGUCCGCGGAGGACCCGAUGAUUGUCUCCUAUGCGGUGCGCUCUGAUCUCCGGGGAGUAAAACACCAUCUCACUCUCUCUCUCUCUAAAACUCCAAUCUUUUUCUGUCUCUUUCUCUCUCUAGAUCCCCGAUUUCGAGGGUUUGGGGUUAGGGUUUAGGAUUUUACGCAGAGAAGAAACAAUGGGCGGAGAGUGGCAGCAGCUCCUCCAAUCGAUAAUCCUCGGCCUCAUUUUUUCCUACCUCCUCGCCAAGCUCAUCGCCAUAGUCAUCUCCUUCAAGGAAGAGAAUCUCAGCCUCACUCGCGCUCGCGCUGCCGCCCCCGCCGACACCAAUCCGCCGCCGCUCAAAUCCGAGCCCCGCGACGACCAGCUUCGCUCCGCCGAUUUGAGCUCCGCGGCAAUUGAGGCCGAAUCGGUCGUCGCCGAGCACGGCAGCGUCAGGAACGAUAGCAGCGAAGCUGACAGUGACGAUGACUGGGAAGGCGUGGAGAGUACGGAAUUGGACGAGCUGUUCAGCGCGGCGACGGCGUUUGUCGCGGCGGCUGCGGUGGAUCGGCAGAAGGUGUCAAGUGAUGCGCAGUUGAAGCUUUAUGGACUUUACAAGAUUGCUACUGAGGGACCCUGCAGCGCGCCGCAGCCAUCUGCUCUGAAAAUGACUGCUCGCGCGAAAUGGCAAGCUUGGCAGAAAUUGGGUGCUAUGCCUCCUGAAGAUGCUAUGGAGAAGUACAUUGAUAUUGUCACAGAGCUUUAUCCUAAUUGGGCAGCAGGUCUGACUGUGAAGAGCAGAGGUGGAGAAGGUAGUGCAUCUGGUAAUGAUUCUAAAGGACCAAUGGGACCGGUUUUCAGCACCUUUGUUUACGAGGAAGAAUCUGAAAAGGAUUUAAAGAUGGAUGCUAUUCAUGCCUUUGCAAGAGAAGGAGAAGUGGAUAAUUUGCUUAAAUGCAUUGAAAGUGGCGUUUCGGUGGAUCAGAAAGAUAGUGAGGGAAGGACCCCAUUGCAUUGGGCUGUGGAUCGUGGGCACCUGAACAUGACAGAGCUGCUAGUUAGCAAGAAUGCCAAUGUUAAUGAAAAGGACAAUGAGGGGCAAACCGCGUUGCAUUACGCUGUUAUGUGUGAUAGAGAAGGCAUUGCUGAAUUUCUUGUGAAGCAAAAUGCAGACACAAGUGCAAAGGACAACGAUGGCAACUCUCCCUGUGAUGUCUGUGAGUCAAACUGGCCUUGGUUUCAGGGUGCAAAGCAGAAGAGUCACUGACUGACCGUCGUUUAUUUGAAACAUUCACGGGGGAUGUAUAUUCCUAAUCUGUUCGUCUUUUAAAGAGAUUUGAAAAUAGAGCAGUAUGUUGUGUAUGUACGUAGUUUCUACCUCGUCGUUGUGUAACAUUCUUUCGUUGGGUUACUCGUUUCCCCUAUCGUAGAAGUGCAAAGAAAGGUUUAACUCCCUGGGUUUAACUGGCACAAUAUAAUGCAUAUCGAGGGCCUACAUUUUACCAUCGAUCUAA